AUGGGAGAUCCAAUCCAGUUAAAAGAUGAGGGAAACAAACACUUCCAGGCAGGAAACAUUGACAAAGCCAUUGAGUGUUACACUAGCGCCAUCAAAGUGUGCAAGGACAAAAAAGUACUCGCUGUCAUUCACAGAAAUAGGUCUGCGUGCUACCUAAAGAAGGAAAAUUAUGCCAAUGCAGCAUCUGAUGCAUCUAAAGCAAUUGAUGUUGAUGCAGCGGAUAUUAAAGCCUUAUUCAGGCGGUGCCAAGCUCUGGAGAAGCUAGGAAAACUUGACAUGGCAUUUAAGGAUGUGCAGAGAUGUGCCACCAUUGAACCAAAGAACAAGACCUUCCUGGAGACACUCCGCAGACUGGGAGCAGAAAUCCAAGCCAAGCUCAAAACAACAUUUUCAACAGAUUCAAGGGUACAGAACAUGUUUGAAAUUCUCCUCGAUGAUGAAAUGGAAAAGGACAAGACGGAAAAAGCUGCCAACAACCUGAUUGUGUUGUCCAGAGAGGAUGCUGGAGCAGAAAGAAUCUUCCAGAAUAAUGGCGUGCCUCUGCUGCUCAACAUGAUAGAAAAAGGCAAACCAGAGAUGAUCCUGGCUGCUGUUCGUACUUUGUCAGGGAUGUGCACAGGACACAAAGCUCGGGCAAUGGCCGUUGUUAACAUGGUGGGCAUUGAUAAAAUGUGCAGCAUCAUGGCUAUUGAUAAUGAGGAGAUUGCACUGGCAACAUGCAACCUCUUCCAGUGCAUCAAUGACUCCCUUACUGGUGGAGAUAAAAGAGAAUAUGGGAAAGAAGAGGCCUUAGUUUUGGAUGCAUCCAAAGACCUGAAAACGAUCCUUCUCUCUCUUCUGGAGAUGGUUGCUAGUAAAAAGGUGUCUGGCCAUGGCAGAGACCAGGCACUGAACCUGCUAAGCAAGAAUGUACCUCGCAAAACCAAGAAAGAUCAAAACAACUCCACUGCCCUCUUCACUAUUGAUCACGGUCUGAAGAAAAUCCUCAAAGUGUGCGGACAGGUUCCUGAAUUGCCAGACCAGUUGCCCAUGACAGAGAACACACAGCUGAUCGCCAGUGUGGUCCUCAACAGGAUCUAUGAUGACCUCAAAUGUGACCCAGAGAGGAAUAACUACAGGGAUAUUUGUGAUGAAUAUAUCAAAUCCAAAAUUGACCCCAAUGACAUGGACAAAACCAUUCAUGCUAUCAACGUCAUCUCAGGGCUGCUGCAGGGUCCCUUUGAUGUUGGUAAUGCCUUGAUUGGACAUCAAGGUAUCAUGGAGAUGAUGGUAGCUCUGUGUGGCUCUGAGCGUGAGGUGGACCAGAUGGUUGCUGUGGAGGCGCUGAUCCAUUCCUCCACGAAGAUGAGCCGUGCCAGUUUCAUCAUCACCAACGGCGUGUCACUACUUAAGGACAUCUACAAGAAGACCAAGAAUGAGAAGAUUAAAAUACGUGCGCUUGUGGGUCUCUGUAAACUGGGCUCAGCUGGAGGUGAUGACUACAGUUUAAGGCAGUUUGCUGAGGGCUCCACUGAGAAGUUGGCCAAGCAGUGCAGAAAGUGGCUCUGUAAUCCCCAGAUAGAUUCCAAAACAAGGAAGUGGGCUAUUGAGGGACUUGCUUAUCUGACUAAUGAUGCUGAUGUGAAAGAUGACUUUGUUGAGGAUGAGCUUGCCUUGAGAUCCAUGUUUGAACUGUCCAAGUCUACAGAUAAGACCAUCAUAUAUGCAGUGGCUUGCACCCUGGUUAACUGUACCAACUCUUAUGAUAAAAAGGAAAUAAUUCCUGAGCUGGUUCAACUAGCGAAAUUCUCAAAGCAGCAUGUGCCUGAGCAACACCCCAAGGACAAGAAAGAUUUUAUUGAGAAGAGAGUAAAAAGGCUGCUGAAGGCUGGAGUGACAUCAGCUCUUGCUGUUAUGGUCAAAGCAGACAGUACAAUCCUGACCGACCAGACCAAGGAGAUGCUAUCAAGGGUCUUCUUGGCAUUAUCAGAGGAUCCCAAAGAUCGUGGCGUUCUUGUAGCCCAAGGUGGGGGAAAGGCUCUGAUACCACUGGCUAUGGAGGGGACAGAGGGAGGGAAGGUGAAGGCCUGCCAUGCCCUUGCCAGGAUUGCAGCCAUUUCAAACCCAGAAAUUGCCUUCCCUGGUGAGAGGGUGUAUGAGGUAGUGCGGCCAUUAGUCAACCUCCUUCACACAGACAGAGAUGGGAUACAGAACUAUGAAGCUCUGAGAAGCCUCACCAACUUGGCUGGUUUCAGUGAAAAACUAAGAGUAAAGAUUGUCAAAGAGAAUGCUCUGCCGGACAUUGAAAGCUACAUGUUUGAGGACCAUGACCAGAUCAGACAGGCUGCCACUGAAUGCAUGUGCAACCUUGUGACAUUAAAAAAGGUCCAAGAACGUUAUCUGGAAGAUGGCAAUGAUAGGCUGAAGCUGCUGGUGCUGCUUUGUGGGGAGGAUGACGAUGAUCUUCAGGUGGCUGCAGCUGGAGCGCUGGCCAUGCUCACUUCUGCUCAGAAGACGCUCUGCGCUAAAAUUACCCUUGUGACCACCCAGUGGCUCGAGAUCCUGCAGAGGUUGUGUCUCCAUGACAACCCCAAUGUCCAGCACCGUGGCCUUGUGAUUGUCUACAACAUGCUCAACUGUGAUGACAGUGAUGUGGCCAAGAAACUGAUUGAGUGUGAGAUUCUGGAGAUCCUCUCAGUGAUCGGCAAAGCAGAAGACAAUCCAAAAAGGCAGCAGCCCAUCGAUGUGGCACGUGCAUGCCUGGUCAAAGCUAUGGAUCUCGGUCUCAUCAAACCCUUCAGCAGCCCCUCUUAAAACACAAGCCAAACAACAGCAUUGGACAUUCUUCUUUAUUUCUUUUGUUAAAUAGAAACUUU